AAUAGAAAACAAGCCUUUCGUCCCAAUGUCAGAAACCUUCAACCUGUGUGGAUGAGCUUUUUUGCCAACCGGAAGUGUGGUUGAAGGACCUGACUACACACUGAUGGACAUGAACUGGAACUGAGUCGUGACACGAACUGGAUACCUGAAUUAAACGCACUCAGAAGACUCGAAUCGGUAGCAUGACUCUUGUUUGCCAUCUUGCCAUCUCUGCAUUUACGGUACUUCCUGUUAGUUCGACCAAACCUCCAGGCAGCUUGAAGUACCAUAAUGGGAGUGUCCGGACAAAGGGCAGGGUAGAAGGAUUCUGCAAUGGGAGAAACUUUCCUGGAACAGCUGCGAGCGGACAGUCGGUUCUUAAAGUCCGAUCGGCGUCUAGAUACAGAUGUAGCAGACAGACUCAUCCUGCAACUCAACAGGAUCUAUCCACAGGUCCUCACUGACAAUGAGGCUAAAAAGUUCAGGGAUCUGGACGUCCCCACCUGCAUUAGACUGGCCGAACUCCUGACACAUUUACAGGAGAAGGGUGAGGAGGCUUGCCGUGAGUUCUACCGAGCCCUACACCUCCACGUGGAGGAGGUAUACUUCAGCCUGCCCACACGCCUCCGCCGCCGAGACUCUAUAGACCUAAUUGUUAGUCCAUUGCCCAUCCCUAGACAGAGAUUUGUGCUAAAUGACAGAGGUCCUUUGUUUUUCCUAAGUUGCUUCAGUGUUGCAGUGGGUGUAGCCCUUCUCUAUUACUGUGGAGAGUCCAAAGCGGCAGGCGGCACCAGCAGGGCUCUGGGACUGGCCGCACUGGGCCUGGGGUGCCGAGUCCGUGAGGUUUUAAUAUGGUACACAGAGGACACUAUCCCAAAGUAGUCCAACAUCAUGUUAACCAAUAAGAUAUCUGAUGCACACAGGACACUUCCAAAACAUCUCAUGGUGUCACAUUUGUACUGAAUUCAGGGGACUCGCAUUAUUAUGUCUAGAUAUUUGUACACACAGUAUAUGUUUGUUUUUUAAAGCAUGACUUGACAUUACCUCCAAUGAUCGAGGCUUUUGUACAUUAGUUCAUCUAUGUACGUUUUAUGCCUUUUUCAACGCCGUACGGCUGAAUGCAUCCUUGAGGCUAUUCUUUAUCUUUUGUCAGUUUACAUGAUUAAGUGUAACAGAGAGACGGUAACAGGAAGGAAUGAGAAGGAAUGCCUCAUGUUUUUCACAACAUAUCCCUAGUGGGAAGUGUGCUUAGAUAUGUUUUAUUAGGUAUCUUUGACAUGAAGGGAAUGUUUUUAUUGAGAAAUCCUAUGGGUUGUAUACCUGUUACUUAAACGUGUCUUGGAAAAACAUUGGUGCAGCAGAAUCACAACAUCCACCAGAAAUGUACUUUUAUUUAAAGGAUUUCAAAAUCCAGCUACUGCCAUAUGGGACAUAUCAGUGAGAAACCUGAAGAUGCCUUUUUAUUUUUAAUGUAAUUUACAACCUUCUUGUACCAGCCUUACAAGGAAAUGAUCAAUGUCAAAAAAAAAAAUCAUAUCUUUCUCAUCCAAACGUGCAUAAGCAAAGACUUAAGUGUAAACUCAGCUAUACUCAAUUUUGCACCGAAUUUUAUUUCUGUCAGCAUAGUGGUAGAAAGGGAUCUUCAGUGCCGAGUUCAGUGCUUCCCAAACUUUUCAAUAUACGUUUUCUAUGAUCAGAAUGUAACUUCUUUAUACAGUCUUUACUCCCAUUACAGUCCUCUCUGCUUUGCAGGAUAUGGCUUUUCAUGAACUAUUUAUACUCUUUGUGGCCUUAACCUUUUUCAGCCCUUGACUGUCAAAGAUGUUUUUAUGUGAGGUCUGUAAUCAUUUUUUCCUGCUGACAUUCAGUAAACUACAUCAUGUUCUCACUAGGCCUGGCAAGUUUUCACAUUAAUGUUAUGUUACACCCUAAUAUGUUACAUUAAACCUGUAAAGAGUACAUUGGACGUGUUAAGGGGUUUGUGUUGGAUCAGCCUGGCUAGGACCUGGUCUUCUUGGGGCUGUUAUUCAUUGAGUGGGACUUUUCUUUUUCUGCCUUCUGAUUGCCAAUGUGACUUAAGUGACAAUAAAACACAAAUGCUUCUAUAUAUAUAUUUAUAUAGAUUUCAA